CUCAUUUAAUUUACCGUAGAGAAUGCUAAAAUUUUACAAUUAUAGAUGUUCUCUUAUUGUUAUUUUCUCAGUAACUCUACAGAGAUCAUCGGCACUAGCAACCAAGAAAAUAAUUUGCAAUUUCGUUAAACUCAUCAAAAGUAAAAGGUAGGACAAAAAGGAAAAAUUGAUAAUGGCAAACACAGCAUUUUCCACUGUUGGAAAGCUUGCAGAAUACACAAUCGAUCCAGUUUUGCGUCAAAUCAAGUACUUGUUCUUCUACAACAGUAACAUUCAGAAUUUGCGUGGUAAGGUUGUAGAUCUUGAAAAUAGGAGAAAUGACCUGAAACUACAGGUUGAUGCUGCCGAAAGAAAUGCCGAAAUCAUUGGGGUAGAAGUUUUGGCGUGGUUGCAGAAAGUCAAUGAAUUAAAGGAAAAAGCAAACGAAGUUUUGAAAAGCGUAGCAAGUUCUGAAAUGCGGUGUCUAUUCAAUAGAUGUCCAAAUUUGAAGUCUCGUUACUUAUUAAGCAGGAAAGCCACAAAGAUGACUAUUGAGGCUGAUAAGCUUAAAGUGGAAGGUACAUUUGAGAGGUUGAGCUAUCGUCCACCACUGCAGCUAGUGUUGAACCUAACUUCCCGUAAGGGUUUCGAAACAAGGUUAUCAAUUAAGAAGAAAAUCAAGGAAGCUCUAGAGGACGAAGAUAUCGGCAUAAUUGGGAUCUGUGGCAUGCCUGGAGUUGGUAAGACAACAAUGGCAAAUGAAAUAGUCAAUGAAGUCAAAGUUGAUAAAUUAUUUGAGGAGGUUGCAUUUGCAGUAGUAUUUAACAAUCCCGACAUAAACAAAAUUCAAGAUCAACUGGCUGAAGCGCUUGGUCUAACAAUUGAAGAAAAGACAAAUGAAAGCGUGAGAGCUGGACGACUUCGUCAAAGAAUUGAAGGUAAUAAUGACAAGAGCAUUCUUGUAGUAUUGGACGAUGUGUGGAAUGAAAUUGAUUUUGGAACUAUAGGAAUUCCAUUUCCACGUGAUCGCAAAGGGUUAAAAAUUAUGUUUACGACGCGAAUUAAAAAAACGUGUAGUAAUGCCGAAAGGAAAUUCGAAAUCAAAAUUUUGGAUGAAAAAGAAGGAUGGCAACUUUUCAAGGACACGACAGGGAUUUCUGAUGAUGAAACUGAUGUCGAACUCGUAAGCAUCGCCGAAAAGGUUGCAAAUGAAUGUAGAGGUCUACCUCUUGCCCUAGUGGUUGUUGGUAAAGCACUAAAAAGAAACAAGGCUGCACAUAAAUGGAGAGAUGCACUUCUACAGCUACAGUCUAGGGCUACUAAUCUUGAAGGAAUGGAGUAUAUCGUGUACAAGAGUAUAAAAUUAAGCUACAACUAUUUGGUAAGUAAUGAAGAGCGGGACUUGCUUUUGCUCUGUUCUCUAUUCGCUGAAGAUGAAAGUAUUCCAAUUGAAAAUUUGGUUCGAUAUGCAAGGGGGCUAGAGUUGUUUCAAAAUACUGAAACACUCUACCAAACUCGAGAUCGAGCAAAGACGAUUGCCGAUAAUCUAAAGGGUUAUUAUUUAUUGCAACCGGGUAAGGCGGAAGACGAGGUGAAAUUGCAUGAUGUUAUCAGAGAUUUUUGCUUAGAGAUGGCAUAUGAAGACAAAGGUGGAUAUCUAGUUAAUCAUGCUGGUUUGAAAGAGUGGCCAGAACAUGUUGCUAAUGAAUCGUGCAGUGCCAUCUCAAUUACAUUUGAUAAGCCGGGACAUCUUCCCAGUGGAUUGAAAUAUCAUAACGCUAAGUUGUUACGGUUGAUAUGUCGCGAGUUAAAUGAAUGUAUCAUUUUUGAAGAAUUUUUCAAAGAUAUGAAAGAACUCAGAGUUCUUGAAUUGAAAAGGAUGCACAUUGAAAUUUCAUCAUCAAUCAAAUUAUUGACGGGUCUUCAAACUCUAUGCUUGAUUGACUGUAGAAUACAUUCUCAAUUGCCAAUGAUUGGGAGUCUAAACAAUUUGGAAAUCCUCUCUUUCUACGAGUCUUCCAUUGGUUAUUCUCCCACUGUAUUCACGAAUCUUUACAACCUCAGGUCACUUGAUUUGAGGUUUCAUGAGUUUUCCCGUCCACUUCUGCUCGGUGUUUUGUCGGGUAUGAAGAUAUUGGAAGAGCUGUACUUGGGACGUAACAUUGGAAUAGAAGGUGAAGAUGCCAAUAUAUUGAAGAAUGUUGUGAGCGAGUUAGAUGAAAAUGGUUUCAAUAACUUGAAGACAUUGAUUCUAUCAGAUGGAUAUUUCGAGUAUCUUAUUGAUGCUACCAACACUAUUCCAAAUGGCACCUUUGAUAAAUUGGAGUCUCUCGAAUUGAUAGAUUUACCCAAGUUAAGAGAGAUAUGCAAUGGAAAUCUUCGAAGGGUUGUCUACAAAUCUCCAUUGUUCUGUAACCUUGUGAAGAUUAAGAUGCAUUUUUGUAAAGCAAUUACAAGCUUGUUUCGGGAGUCAGUUGCAAUAUGCUUGGUAAAUCUCCAAAGUCUAGACAUAUACAAAUGUCCGAUGUUAGAGGAAGUUGUUUCGACAGAUGUACCAGAAAACGAAGUUCCCAAAACUUGUAAAAUGCUUGAGUUUCCAAAUCUAAAAGAAGUCAAGCUUGAAUAUUUGAGUAGAUUGAAGAGCUUCACAUCUCAAUCAAAUAACGGCGCUGUUCGUCAAGCAUUGUUCAACCAGUCAUACUGGGGUUACAACUCCAAUUUAGUCAACACCACAAAGAAUGUAUCUCGCAAUACAAAUGAAUAUAUAGAUAUAGUCCACUUUCCUAACAUGGAGGUGUUGAAUGUUUAUAACUUGGAUUGUAUAGCAAAGCUAGUAGGCAAGGAAAGGCCAAUACCAUCACUGCAUAAACUAACGGCCAUAAGUUUGUAUGAUUGUGUUGAAUUGCUGGCCAUUGAAGAAUCUGAUUCAAUUCAGUUACUUGAAAAUCUUGUUUAUCUUAGUGUGAAGGGAUGUAAUGCACUUGAAGUAUUGUUUGACUUUGAGGGUAUAACGGUCACUAAUGACGAUGCAGAAAAUAAUAUACUUGGUCGAUUAACAAAAUUGCGACUGGAGACACUACCAGAAUUGGUGCACAUUACAAGGAUGGUUCCAAAAGGAAUUUGUGUCUUCCAAAAUUUGACAGAUCUCAAUGUUACAGAUUGUAGGAGCUUAAAAUGCUUAUUUUCACCUUCUAUAGUCAACUCACUUGCAGCUCUGGAAAUUUUAGCAAUUACUAGUUGUGAAGCAUUGGAAGAAAUCACUGGAAGAGAAGAAGACGAAGAAGUAGAAGAAACUAGGAUGCAAACACUCCAUCAAACCUCCAUCACUUCAGACAAGUUGUUUCAACGGAUCUAA